CACUCCUUCCUCAACAUCUUGCAAAUAAUCUAGAAUUGCUAUUCUUUAUAAUUACAUGUUAAUGAAUUGAGGUGCAAGCAAGAAUAAUGGAAGGAAAUGUGUUUACUCGAGCAGUUGAAGGAGUAAAACUUAUUAGGUCCGAAGAGGGAAUUAUUCUUACUAAGCCCUUUUUGGAUUUGUGCAGAUUGUUACUACCCCUUAUAGACAAAUUUGGCUCACAAAUGUCUUGUAUAAAGGCCGAUGUUGCAUGUAAUGUCACGAAAUUGGAAUUGAAGUAUGCCUCUAAUCCUUCAAAAUACAGUAACUUGUGUACUAUGACAAAAGAGGAGGUUGAUUCUAAGAUAGCAAGGAGUUCAUCAAGUUGCACUCAUGCACUUGUUUGGUUGAACAGGGCGAUGGAUUUUAUGGUACAAUUUUUUCGCAACCUAUUAGAGCAUCCGGAAUGGUCCAUGACACAAGCUUGUACAGAUUCCUAUAAGAGAACACUAAAGAAAUGGCAUGGUUGGAUGGCUAUCUCAACCUUUAAGGUUCUCAUUAAGCUUGCUCCAGACAGAAAGAAGUUUAUGUGUUCAAUAGGUGGGAGUGUCGAAAUUAAUGCUGAGAUUGAGAAAUUAUGUAGAACUUUUGCUUCAGUACUUGAAGAAAAUCACAAAAUCUUGGUAAGAUGCAUGAAAAAUAUAUAAACGAACUUAUAAAAGUUCCUGUAAUUGCUUAUGAUUGUCUUACUCUUGUAACAGGCUAGUUUUGGAGUUGAUGAUAUUAAAGCUCCAUGAAGCUAAGUGUUCAUACGUUAUACAAACAAGCGCUCGCAUUUGAUAGUUUAGCAGACUUAAUUGCUCAACGUUUUUGAACAUUUCUCUAGCAAGCUUAAGCUCUACUGCUAGAGUUGAGUAGCCUUUGUAUCAUUAUGUAACAAAAGAAUUAACGAAGAGUAACUAUUAUUAAUUAGUUGCUCAACCAUACCAUCAUGUACAUGAUUCCUCCCUUUUUGAACAAGAAUUUGUUUCUCAAAUUCUACAUUUCUAAUGAAGGAUACAUUUUUGUAAGAUAUAUACCAUGUGACAAAAACAUGAUAGCGUUGAAAAACAUAUGUUGUUAGUAUAAAGUUCAACCAAUAAAAGAAAUUCACACUCAAAUGAUAUGAUAUUAUGAUGUUUAGAUUGUGGAACAGAGG